UCCUCUUUUGCAGGGACGGCGGGCUGGGAAAACUACAGUUCCCAGCACCCUUUUGUGCACGUCCUUGUAAACUACAGGUCCCAGAACCUUUUUCAUGAGCUGGAGAGGGUGUACAUGGAAAUACACGCCGAGGAAUUUUGCGUAACGCUCCGUUAGCCCUUGUUUAGUGAAAUCAGGAAGAGAGGGAAAGCCAGGGAGCAUCGGAGCUGUGCUUUUGCUCACCUCUAAUAGCUGCAGCGAUGAUAUCCUCCUGCACAGAGGAUCCUUCCUCCCCUCUGGACCCUCUUUGGUGGUCCCAGAGAGGAUUCUGGCCCCUGGGGAACCACGGCUGCUGUGGAAGGAGAGGCAGACAAACUACAGAUCCCAGCAUCCCCCGGCAGGCAGUACCUGCAGCAGUCCCUGCGUGCUUGGAGGGGGUUGAGGAUGAGGAUGGAAGGCGGGGAAGAAAUGCAGGGCGCUGUGGGGCUACGCUGCAGCUGGGACAUCCCACCCCCAGCUGGCACCCAGGCCAAGUGGGUGAGGCUCAAUGUGGGGGGCACCGUCUUCCUCACCACCAGGCAGACCCUGUGCCGGGAGCAGAAAUCUUUCCUGUGUCGCUUGUGCCAGGGCGAGGAGCUGCAGUCGGACCGGGAUGAGACUGGUGCAUACCUGAUAGACCGGGACCCCACUUACUUUGGACCCAUCCUGAAUUUCCUCCGACAUGGGAAGCUUGUCCUGGAUAAAGAUAUGGCUGAAGAGGGGGUGCUAGAAGAAGCAGAGUUCUAUAACAUUGGCCCUUUAAUCCGAAUAAUUAAGGAUCGACUGGAGGAGAAGGACUACACAGUGACUCAGGUGCCUCCUAAACAUGUCUACCGUGUGCUACAGUGCCAGGAAGAGGAGCUCACUCAGAUGGUUUCCACUAUGUCGGAUGGAUGGCGCUUUGAACAGCUUGUGAACAUUGGCUCAUCCUACAGCUAUGGCAAUGAGGAUCAGUCCGAGUUCCUGUGUGUGGUCUCCAAGGAGCUGUACAACUCUCCCAACGGCCUGAGCUCCGAGCCUAGCCGCAAAGCCAAGAACUGUGACCGUUGCUCUAUGCCCGUGUCAGAACUGCCAUGGCUCAUCUUGCAAGUGUCUCCACUCUUUCUUCCCUUUGUCCUGCAUGCUGGGCCGCAGAGCACAGAGGAGGACCUGGAGGAGGAAGAGCAGGAGGUGGAGGAGGAGGCAGAGGCAGAAGGAGAAGCAGAGGAGAAAGGUGCAGCAAAUCCUUGAGGAGAAUGAUAGAAAUAAACCCCCAAGCAUAGACUCGUCCACCUGUCUGGUGAGAACUCGAAGCUAGCAGCAGGGAAGGACUAGGGCAGGUGUGGGGUGGAGGGGAAGUCCUCCCAGGGAGCAGGAGUCUCUCUGGAGAUAAAGCUCACAGGGGAGAGCCGUUACCUUGGCUGCUGCUUUGUGUUUGUAACUGUUUGGUUUAUUCAUGGUUAUAUUUUUAUUUACAGACCGUCCAUGUAUUCGGGAGUCCACUAAACUCUUUCUUCCUCCGGAUCCUCCCUCCUCCUCCCUUCCGUGUCCAUCUCUGCACUGUCACCUGCCUGGGACACCACACCCCACUCCCCAGCCUCCAGCAUCCCUCCCCCUGCUCUCUUCACCCCUCACAGCCUCUCCCCAGCAGCCCAGGUUCCCUGCCUCCCCUCCCAAGCCUGAGGGCCUGUGUGCUCCCUGCUCAGGGCCUGUCUUUCUCCACUCCUCACUUUUCCUCCUCUGCAGGUACGUUACCUAUCUACAUUCUCAAACCCUGCCAGUGUGAGCUCUGCAUGAGCGACUCACACCCUCCCCUCUUGUGGAUAUAGCCCCAGUUUGUAGAGCUUGGGGAGGAGGAGAAGCAGGGGGAGGCUGAGUCAUUCCUAAGGUGGCUUUUCUGAUUCUCACCGUAGUGUGUCUUCACCUGCCGAGCAGACCUUACAGCUCUGGACUGGAGGCUCUGGCAGCAGGAGGGAGGAUGCAGCUGGAAGUGAAGAGGGCUGGGAACGAAUGCAAAGCAAGCAGGGGUGACACAGGGGGAUGCCUGCCAUGUGGCUGCCUGCCACGCAUGCCAGAUCGCUUCUCCCGACUGCCGUCCCGCAGCUCCUUUGCCAGCCGGAGAGCGGUUUGCAGGAGGCAGCCUGCGAUAUUCCCCUCCUGGCACUUCCCUGGGCUUUUCCCCCACCGCCUCUGCCAGGGUGACAGCGCAGUGACAGAGAGGGUGGUGAAAGCAGAGCGGGUGCUCUGGGUCCCCCCUCCAGAUGUUCCUGCAGCUGUGUGUGAAAGGCACCUCUGUGCUCUGCCUGCUGCUGAGGCAGGCUUCCCGAGCAGUGUGUGAGGCUGGGAACAGAGAGCUUUUCAGAGGAGGAGUCCUCUCUCUCUUGCUGAUAAACUUGGCGCUCUUGUUGAACUGUCGGUGCUCGGUGCCACUUCCCAUCCUGGUGGAGGGCACUUGUUAGCUGGAUGCCAUUUCUCACUCCCUCUGUUCAAGAGCCUCCUCGUCCGUGGCUGUGGGAUCUGAGUGUUAUUCUCUUAAAAGUCGAUCUGUGUUAAUCACAGAGACUUUUCCCUCCUUUUUCUUUUUUCCCUCACCCACACUCCUCUUUCAUUUCUCUUUUUUCCCCUCUGUUUUCAUUUCCUCUGUCAUGUGCCCUUUCCAUUUUCCUCAUUCUUGCUCUCCCCUCCAUGCUCAAUUGCUUUUUUUUCUGCCUUUGAUUUGGUUUUUCUCUUUCUCAUUCUCUAGCUGUUACAAGCCAGAGGCCUGAGGAUGUGAUCCCGACACUCCACUUCAGCCUUUUAAUUUCUGGUUUAUAUCUUUAUUUUUGUACUGUAGUGUAUGACAGCCCCUUGCACCACAGUGACACCCCCAGCCCCCCUGCACUCUCCACACGCAGCCAUUGAUUUUUACAAACUCGCCUCUGCCUGGAGGAGGGCAGAUGCUCCAAGGAGAGCCUGGGCUGCUGGAGGGGCUGGAGCCCCCUCGCACGCCUAGCAGGCUGUCUUUCCUUAAUGUCACAGUGGCCCCUGCUGGGGACAUCAGUGAUCAGCCACUGCAGAACUUUGCUCCCUUCCCCAACACCUGGCUGGGGCUGGUGCCCAGAUGUGGUGGCAUCUGCAGCAGGACCACUCCUUGCCCAUUCCCUGCUGCGGGCAGCUGGUCUGGGCUUGUGCCCAGGGGGCGAGUACGGAGCCACUGCCUUUUUCUGGGCCACCUGCACUGCUCGUGGGGUGUCCCUGUGCUGGGUGUCACCUCACUGGUGCCUUGCUCCCUGUCCCCCAAAGCAGCCCUGCGUCAGAGGGGUGAGAGGAGCCAGGCAUACUGUUCGGGUACCCGUGGGGAACAUGCUGGCACCUGAUGUAGGGUCUUCUAGGAUGAGGACAUCCCUGCCUCCAGGAGCAGGGUGUUCAUUUCACCACUGUCUCUGAGGACGCUGGGUUGUAGCUCCUAAAUAAAAUUCACACUUUCUUCCUC